UUAUUUCUGGAACUGGAAACUACAAAUCGUAAGCGAAAACUUGAUUCUCUGGUCUAGUCGUAAUUGUCCAAGCUUUGUCAAUGGCGCCUGAUAUUGAGAAGAGGGCAAAAGAGGCGUUCGUGGAUGACAAUUUCGAGCUUGCAGUUGAUCUUUACACGCAGGCCAUAGAAAUAGACCCUAAGAAUGCCGAUCUCUACGCUGACCGUGCCCAGGCCAAUAUCAAGCUUGGGAAUUAUACUGAAGCCGUUGCUGAUGCAAACAGAGCGAUUGAGUUGGACUCUUCAAUGGCCAAGGCAUACCUACGUAAAGCUACUGCAUGUAUGAAGCUUGAAGAAUAUCAGACUGCCAAAGCAGCGCUCGAGGCAGGUGUAUCUUUGGUGCCAUCCGAGCCACGGUUUACUAGUUUGAUUAAUGAGUGCAAUGACCGCAUUGCAGAGGAAACUGGUGAAAUACCCAAGCAAUUGACACAAAGUACUCCACCAACUGCUGUGACUCCUGUUGGAUCACAUUUAUCAGAUGGAACUGUAAACGAUUCUUCUCUGAGCCAGAAUAGCCAGCCAACACUGGUGACACGAGCUAAACCAAAAUACAGGCAUGAAUACUAUCAGAAGCCAGAAGCAGUAGUUGUGACUAUUUUUGCCAAGGGAAUACCAUCCAAAAAUGUGGCUGUUGAAUUUGGUGAACAGAUUCUAAGUGUUUCCAUUGAUGUUCCUGGAGAAGAUUCAUAUCAUUUUCAACCUCGCUUGUUUGGGAAGAUAAUACCAGAGAAAUGCAGAUAUGAUGUUUUGUCAACCAAAGUUGAGAUACGGCUUGCAAAAGCUGAGGCCAUCAACUGGACAUCUUUGGAAUUUACUAGGGAAAAUACAAUUAUACAGAAGAUUAAUGUACCAUCAGCUGGAGGUACUGGAACUGUACGACCUACAUAUCCCUCGUCAAAAUCAAGAGUUGUUGAUUGGGAUAAGCUUGAAGCCCAAGUCAAGAAGGAGGAAAAAGAUGAAAAGCUAGAAGGAGAUGCGGCUUUGAACAAACUGUUCCGGGACAUAUAUCAAGAUGCGGAUGAGGACACCCGGCGAGCCAUGAGGAAAUCUUUUGUGGAGUCACAUGGGACAGUUUUGUCCACAAACUGGAAAGAAGUGGGUGCAAAGAAGGUGGAAGGCAGUCCUCCAGAAGGCAUGGAGCUUAAGAAAUGGGAGUACUAGAUGCUCACUUUGUUUUGGUUGUACUCUAGAUUCAAAUAUGUGGUUUUGCUGCUUCAGAUACUUUCCCCUCCAUUUUUUGGGUGUUCAAGGUUAUGUUCAGAUGCUGUCUUAUUGGGAAUUUGUGGAUAUAUGUUAGUCUCUGUUUCCAACU